UUUCUAGAUGUUUCCAAUAGGCUCUCGCUCUGACAUUAUGUGUGGUUGAGGAGAAUAUCAUGCCCGAGGGGAAACUUGUAGAAAACCACGCAGAGAGCGCGUUUUUAAUCCAAAGCGGCCACACAAUAAAUGGCAUAAACCAUCCGUAAUUUCGGGGGGGACUGGGCCGAGGAAAUCGCACGCAUGUAUGUGUGAACGCACUUGUGUGUGAAUGUGUGUGUGGUUGCACUGGUUGUAAAUUGAUCCCUCCUACUCUCGCUGGUUCGUUGUGCAGAGGAGGGGCGAGGAGGAGCAGGAGGAGGAGGAGAGGAAGGAGGAGGGAGCCGAAGCAGGAAGGAAGGCAGGCAGAGAGGGCAGGGAGGCAGGCUGUGAAUGCUAACGAGCCCCGUCGUAAUCGUACAGCUCCGUAUGUAGGCUUUGAUAAAAACAUCUUGCAAUGGACAGGACCGACGACCACUAUUAGAGACCUACUAUGCGCCAGUGCCGCGUUCGCCCUGUGCGCGUGCAGCAGCCCCACCGCCGUCGGCACGUUUGAUCAGAGAAACCGUCUUUUUCCGCCGAGUGAAAUGUAUCGCGACUGCUCGGGGUUCACAUUCUGACAAUGGAGAUUGAAAAUAUCGUGGCCAACACGGUUCUCCUGAAGGCAAGGGAAGGUGGAGGAGGGAAGAGGAAUGGCCGCAGUAAGAAAUGGAAGGAGAUGCUAAAACUCCCGCACAUCAGCCAGUGUGAGGAGCUACGUCGCACCAUUGAGAGGGACUACACCAGUCUAUGUGAGAAGCAGCCCAUUGGUCGGCUGUUAUUCCGUCAGUACUGUGACACCAGGCCAGAGCUGAAGCGCUGCAUCGAGUUUAUGGAUGCUGUGGCCAUGUACCAGCUAGCUCCGGAUGAGAAGAGGAGGGACUGUGGACUGAAUGUUUUAGACACAUACUUUAAUAAUGGGUCGGCAGCCCAUCUUCCAGACAUACCCCAGGAUGUAGUUGCUGGGUGCCGGGAGAGGCUGGAGCAGAGUCCGUGUAAGGAGCUCUUCAAUGACUGCAACAAAAUAGUUCGUGAUUAUCUGAGUGGCGCUCCAUUUUCCUUCUACCAGGAGUCCAUGUACUUCUCUCGCUUCCUGCAGUGGAAAUGGUUGGAGAGGCAACCAGUAACCAAAAAUACCUUCAGACAUUACAGAGUACUAGGAAAAGGUGGAUUUGGUGAGGUUUGUGCCUGCCAAGUACGUGCCACCGGUAAGAUGUACGCCUGUAAAAAGCUGGAAAAGAAACGAGUGAAGAAAAGAAAAGGUGAAGCAAUGGCACUAAACGAAAAACGCAUUUUAGAAAAAGUUAACAGUAGUUUUGUAGUUAGUCUAGCAUAUGCCUAUGAGACCAAGGAUGCGCUGUGCCUGGUGUUGACCAUAAUGAAUGGCGGUGACUUAAAGUUUCACAUCUAUAACAUGGGCAACUCGGGCUUCGACGAGCAGAGGGCCAUCUUCUACGCUGCUGAGAUCUGCUGUGGCCUUGAGGACCUGCACCGUGAGAGGAUAGUCUACAGGGAUUUGAAACCUGAAAACAUCCUUCUGGAUGAUCGUGGACACAUCCGAAUUUCAGACCUGGGUCUUGCUGUUCAAAUUCCUGAAGGAGAGACGAUACGAGGGAGAGUUGGGACUGUUGGAUACAUGGCUCCCGAGGUGAUCCAGAACGAGAGCUACACCUUCAGCCCAGACUGGUGGGGGCUUGGCUGCCUGAUCUUUGAGAUGAUCCAGGGCCAGUCGCCCUUCCGCAAGCGCAAGGAGCGUGUCAAGCGGGAGGAGGUGGACAGACGAGUGCGUGAGGACCAGGAGGAAUACUCUGAUAAGUUCUCAGAGGAGGCGAAGGACAUCUGCAGACAGCUCCUGGCCAAGGACCCCAAGGAACGGCUUGGUUGUCAAGGUUGCGGGGCCAUAGAGGUCAAGCAACACCCCAUCUUCAGAAACAUCAACUUCAAACGGCUGGAGGCCAACAUUCUAGACCCUCCCUUCAGCCCCGAUCCCCGGGCCGUGUACUGUAAAGACGUCCUGGACAUCGAGCAGUUCUCCACUGUCAAAGGCGUGAACCUUGACCCCACAGACGAUGACUUCUACCACAAGUUUGUCACAGGCAGUGUCUCCAUCCCGUGGCAGAACGAGAUGAUUGAGAUGGAGUGCUUUAAAGAAAUCAACGUCUACGAGACAGACGGGACGCUGUGCCCAGACCUGGACGUGAACCGGCCUAACCCUCCACCAAAGAGAGGCUUCUUCUACCGCCUGUUCAGAAGAGAGGCAAGUGCUAGUGCUCCGGCAACUGUUCGAGGGGGUGGGGGCUAAGGUCUGUUUUAAGAGCGGUUACAGUGACGACGAGACCGAAGAGCCCUCGCGACUUUAAACCACUCCCUCCACCUGCCCC